AUGCAUACCAUCCGAAGCGGAAGAUUUUUUUCAUAUGAGAACCACAGAACGCCCACGACUGGCAGUAGCGUGACCACCCCGACCACUGGAAGUAACCAGAAGUCCACUGCUUCAUCGUCAAAGCAGGUUCGCUUCGGUGAUGACGCGUACUCCACCCCGGUGCUCGCUCGCAAGUUUAAUUUCGAUGGCCUGUCAAUCGACGAAGACGAGGAGGAAGAGAAAGAGGAGGAGGAGAGCGUCCUGAGUUUCCUCGGUGGAUCUAGCGUUACCAGCGCCGAGUUGAAUGAUGCCUCUUUCGUGCGAGCUUUCGAACGAUUCCGUCGCGAGCUGAACGCGCCCAAGCAUAAUACUGUCACGCAAUCGCCGGUGCAGCAACCCCUUGCAAGAGAGCUGUUUCCGGUACAGGACAUUGAUCGCCCCGAAAAAGUUGCGAUGCCGGUGUUGGAAGCAGCGCCUACCGAUUCUACGCCCGAUGCACAAGACCAAACGGUAGAAUUUCCGGAACUGGAAGGUUUGAGUGUUGAGGAGUUGCAAGAGCGACGCAGGCAACUUUGCCUGGACAUCCAGUCUGCAAGCGCACAGCUCGUGCUAAAUUUCGGUGGGGUGCAGAGUAGGGCAGAAGACACAACGGACCGCUUGAUGUCGCUAAGAGAUGAGCUCAAAGCUGUCGACGAGCUGUUGAGCAAACUCUCAUAA